AUGGCUAGUGCUUCCAUCCUGAACCAUGUUGCUCCUGAGGAUAGAGAAGAGAUGGAGCGACUGAAGGGAAUUUAUUAUAAUGGCUGCAGAGGCUGCUUCAACUUUCCGUCUGAGGGUGUGGUCAGCAUGCAAUCUUGUUCCCAUGAUAAGGGCUUACUACCUCCGGAGAUUUACCUCGAGUUUGCGCAGCAUAUGGACAACAGGACCCUUGUAAGCUUCAGCCAGACUUGCAAGUUUCUACGGUCGAUGCUUCGGUCGAUGCUUUAUUCGAGAAAGGCCAUUCAAUCCGCACUGGUGAGGGUGAGGUUAAAGUUGUAUAAAGAGCUACUCGAGCUCCCUCCCGCCCCUGAAGAAAUUUAUCUUCAAGAUUUUCCCUACCCUGAUCCGCAAGAAGGUAGUUUACCUUUACGACACUUCAUCUCGCGGGCGGUCGGGAGAGGCCAUUUGCAUCUUGUUGCGAGGUAUAUUUCGCUCGGUCUGGAUCCAAACGUCCGCUCUCUGGGCGGUUGGAGCUUGCUGCCAGCUGCUUUGAUCUAUGACCAGUUGGACAUGGUGCCAGUAUUGUUGGGCCACCCUGACAUUGACCUAGAGCUUCAGUUUCGGGAAGAUCCCUAUGUGUCGGACGGGCAUUUGCCCCUGUUAAACCUUAUAUUGUGCUAUGGCCGAGACCGGACAGGGGGCCUUCUCGACCCUGUCGUUCGUAUGUUGAUACUAUCCCGGGGAGCGAGACUCGUAUACCCCGACGUCGCGUUCGCAUAUAUCAGUUCCAGCCCAGAUCGCCUGGAGCUGUUGAGACUAGCACUAGACAAUGACGCCAACUUCGAGGCUUUGCGGCCUUUGGACCUUGCCCGUGAUGCUGCAAAGCAUGCUGCUUGCCAGCCAGACCCGAGAUAUCUCGAGAUGGUCAUAAUCACUUUUCCAUGGGUCAUGGAUUGGUUCACUUGCCCGAAUAUCCCUGAUUCGCUGCAAAGCAGGUACAAUCCACUGGUUGAGGCUCAUGAGCAAAGAGAUUGGGACCAGCUGCUUAAGCUCCUUGAAGAGUACCUCCUCUUACCCUUCUAUUUUCUAAAGUUAGGUCAUUACAGCAAGGCCUGCUGGCCCAAUGGUAAGGCGCUUGACUACGAAUCAAGAGAUUGCAGGUUCGAGCCCUGCUGUGGCGAGGAUGAGGGAUCCAGCACAGGCUGGCCUCGCACUCCUGUCCCUGUCCUAGAUGCGAUGAGUGGUGCAACGGGCCGGGCUCGUAUCACUGGGAGGCAGCAUUGA